CCCAGGUUCUUUCCACUCAAAAUUUCUCCUCCCCGGGAGAUCAGGCUUCGUCCUCAGUCCUGAUUGUGUCGGAGAGAAAAUCGGAGAAUAGUUGCUGUGAUAACGAAGAGAGUUUGGGGAAAAAAUGAGCAUUGUACCAAAGGAAACGAUUGAAGUCAUAGCACAAAGCAUCGGGAUUACCAACCUGUCGAAAGAUGCGGCACUUAUGCUUGCUCCAGAUGUCGAAUAUCGUGUUCGUGAGAUCAUGCAGGAAGCUAUCAAAUGCAUGCGCCACUCAAAGAGGACAACUUUAUCAGCCGAUGACGUUAAUGGUGCUCUCAACUUAAGAAAUGUGGAGCCGAUAUAUGGCUUUGCUUCAGGAGGACCAUUACAUUUCAGAAGAGCACUUGGGCAUCGGGAUCUGUUCUAUGUUGAUGAUAGGGAAGUGGAUUUCAAAGAUGUGAUCGAAGCUCCACUGCCAAAGGCUCCCCUCGAUACAGAAAUUCUCUGCCAUUGGCUGGCUAUUGAAGGAGUGCAACCAGCUGUACCAGAAAAUGCUCCUUUAGAAGUUAUUAGAGCACCCGCAAAUAACAAAAUCCAGCAACAAAAAGAGGGACCCCCUAUUGACCUCAGGCUACCAGUUAAGCAUGUACUGUCUAGGGAACUUCAGCUAUAUUUCCAGAAGAUUGUAGAACUUACAAUGAGCAAGUCAAAUCGUGUUCUGUUUAAAGAAGCAUUGGCGAGCUUGGCCUCAGACUCGGGACUUCAUCCUCUGGUUCCGUAUUUUACAAAUUUCAUCGCUGAUGAGGUGUCGCGUGGCUUAAAUGAUUACCUCCUCCUAUUUAACCUAAUGCACAUAGUUAGAAGUCUUCUACAAAAUCCUCACAUUCAUAUAGAGCCUUAUCUACACCAAUUGAUGCCAUCUGUUGUGACCUGCCUUGUCUCAAGAAAGCUUGGCAAUAGAUUUGCCGACAACCACUGGGAACUUAGAGACUUUUCCGCAAACCUGGUUGCACUGAUAUGCAAAAGGUAUGGACAUGUUUACAGCACUCUCCAGUCACGCCUCACGAAAACUUUAGUCAACGCACUAUUAGACCCGAAGAAAGCAUUGACUCAACACUAUGGGGCCGUUCAAGGAUUAGCAGCGCUCGGACACAAUGUGGUCCGGCUUCUUAUCCUGCCAAACCUCGAGCCGUACCUUAAACUUCUGGAACCAGAACUGGUAGCCGAGAAGCAGAAGAACCAGAUGAAGAGGCACGAAGCUUGGCGUGUAUAUGGAGCCUUGCUGCGGGCAGCAGGGUUGUGUAUUCACGACCGGCUUAAGAUCUUCCCACCUUUGUCUUCACCUCCAAAUGCCGGUUUCCUCCAGAAGGGAAGGGGAAAGAUUAUAGGUACCGACCCACAUAAACUCGAGGCAGAAAACCAGCCUCCCUGGAAGAGAUCAGCAGUUAACGACGGUCCUGAUGGUACAUCAUCAGAUAAAACGGAGAUAUCUCCGAUGCAAGUGGAGAAGUCGCCGACGGAAGUACAGGAUCAGCCACGAGACUCGGGUAACGAAUCCGAGAGCGGAAAUGAGAACGGCAGAGAAAGACGAGGUCAGGGAGUAACAAGGAAAGCAAUAAUUGAUCAGAUAUGGAAAGAUGAUCUGAGUUCGGGACGUCUAUUGGUAACAUUGUUCGACCUCUUUGGUGAAAGGAUUCUUCCCUUCGUUCCUUCCACGGAGAAAAUGUCUGUAUUCCUAUAACUAAACCACUUCAAUGCUACGAUUUUCUUCUUAAUCGAUCCUCCGGUUUUCCGUUAACCGGAAUUGGUAAACCAAAA